AUGCUGCCAACCAAACCAUCUUUUUCAUCGACCGAGCCAGAUGCUUUUGAAGCCUCAUUAAACCCGAGAUUGUAUGCCCAAAGACGUCAGCAACGACAACAACAACAGCAACAACAACAGCAACAACAACAGCAACAACAACAGCAACAGCAACAGCAACAGCAACAGCAACAUCAAAAGAAGCAAACAUAUAGUCCUCCUGUACCUCCUGCGCCUCCUGCCCAGCAAAAGCCACCCACUCCUCCACUUCCGCCUUUCACCAGUUCCCCUUCUACACCACCACCUGCUGUCCCCAGUAGCCCUCGUCCUCCCAAACCAAAUAGUCGAGAUUCGUUGGUGAGAACACUAAACCCUAUUUAUGCUGGAUUAGAAUGCCCUGCUUGUAAAAAAGCGAUUGAUGGAUCAGUUGUUUCUGCCAUGGAUAAAAUAUGGCAUAGCCACUGCUUCAAAUGUACAACCUGUCGAAAGACGCUAGAAAACGAGCAGUAUUUUGAAAAGGACGGUCAACCGUAUUGUGGAAAGGAUUAUAAGACUUUGUUUAGUUUGCAUUGUGAUUUCUGCCAUGAGCCCAUAGAAAAUAGCGCCAUAAGUGCUUUAGGUAAACAUUAUCAUGAGGGUCAUUUUGGUUGCACGGCCUGUCAAAAACCUUUUGGAGAUCAUAGUGCAUUUAUGGUGCAUGAAGGUAAACCCUAUUGCCAAGAAGAUUAUAUGAAAAUGUGUGGUAAAAAGUGUAGUGGAUGCUCUCAGUAUAUUUCGGGUGAAUAUAUCAAUGCUCUGGGACAGGAGUGGCAUAAAUCAUGCUUUAACUGCUUUGAUUGCAAAAAACCAUUUACGAACGGUACAUUUUUAGUAAGAGAUAAUAAACCUUAUUGCGAAGAACACUAUCAUCAUCCUCGACAACAACCUUCAACCCCAUUCGAAUCAAAGACUCAACAGCUGCCUCGACAACAGCAACAGGAAAGAAACCCACCUCCUAUCAAACCAAAACCCUCCAUUGCCAGAAAACCUGAUUUUUCUUAUGCCAGUAAUACUUCCAAGAUAGAGUCAAAAGUAACGGCUGCUGGAUCCACUGGGUCAUCUAAAAUAUGCCAUCAAUGUCAUAGCUCCAUUGAUGGUCCAUCUGCUAGUGCUUUGGGUCAUGAUUAUCACAUCCAUCAUUUCCAAUGCUGUCGGUGUAGUAGAGCCUUAUCCUCUCGUGUACCAGGAAUGUGGCAAGGUGAUGCAAGUGGAAACUUGAUUUGUAAGAUGUGCGCAUUGAAAAAUCAAUAA